AUGAGUGUUGAACUAACACCACAAAUCAAACGCAAUACUUGGGUGUGGUCCUACGAAUGCACCACACCUAAUUUCAUCAACCCUCCACCCCAAACACCUACUCUCACCCACCCUCCACCCACACACCUGCUGUCAUCCACCCUCCACCCACACACCUACUCUCAUCAACCCUUUACCCCACACACCUACUCUCAUCCACCCUCCACCAACACACCUACUCUCAACUACCCUCCAUCCCACACACCUAUUUUCAUCCACCCUCCACCCAACAUAACUACUGUAAUCCAACUUUCAGGCACCACACCUAAUUUCAUCAACCCUCCACCCCAAACACCUACUCUCACCCACCUCCACCCCCACACACCUACUAUCAUCCACCCUCCACCAACACACUACUCUCAUCCACCCUCCAUCCCACACACCUACUCUCAACCACCCUCCACCCACACACUACUCUCAUCCACCCUUCACCCACACACACCUACUCUCAUCCACCCUCCAGCCCACAUACCUACUCUCAUCCACCCUCCACCCACACACCUGCUCUCAUCCACCCUCCACCCACACACCUACUCUCAUCAACCCUUUACCCCACACACCUACUCUCAUCCAUCCUCCACCAACACACCUACUCUCAACUACCAUCCAUCCCACACACCUAUUUUCAUCCACCCUCCACCCCACAUACCUACUGUAAUCCAACUUUCCAGGCACACACCUAAUUUCAUCAACCCUCCACCCCAAACACCUACUCUCAUCCACCCUCCACUCCACACACCUACUCUCAUCCACCCUCCACCCCACACACCUACUCUCAUCUACCCUCACACACACCUACUCUCACCCACCCUCCACCCCACACACCUAUUUUCAUCAACCCUCCACCCCACACACCUACUAUCAUCCACCCUCCACCAACACACCUACUCUCACCAACCCUCCAUCCCACACACCUACUCUCAUCCACCCUCCCACCACACACUACUCUCCUCCACCCUCCACCACACACUGCUCUCAUCCACCCUCCACCCACACACCUACUCUCAUCAACCCUUUACCCCACACACCUACUCUCAUCCACCCUCCACCAACACACCUACUCUCACCCUCCCUCCAACCCACACACCUACUAUCAUCCACCCUCCACCAACACACGUACUCUCACCCACCUCCAUCCCGCACACCUACUCUCAACCACCUCCACCCACACACCUACUCUCAUCCACCCUCCAGCCCACAUACCUACUCUCAUCCCCCCUCCACCCACACACCUGCUCUCAUCCACCCUCAACCCACACACCUACUCUCAUCCACCCUCCACCAACUCUCAACUACCAUCCAUCCCACACAUCUAUUUUCAUCCACCUCAACCCAACAUACCUACUGUAA